AUGUCUGUGUCACAUUUUGCCAAUCGGCACAGAAAGGAUUUAAGUACUGACAUGCUUAGAACCAAAAUUGCUUGUAGGAAAUCACUGUCUCAGAAAGAAAACAGACAUAAGGAAUAUGAGCGAAACAGGCAUUUUGGCUUGAAAGACAGCAACAUUCCGGUCUUACAAAAUAGAAAUCUUGCUUCCUUGGAUGAGACAAUUAAAGAAGCUGUUCCAGGAAAGGCCAAUGUUAAGCCAAUGUCAACUAAAACAGCUCCAGGUGAUCAACGAAAACAAAUGCUACAAAAAUAUAAAGAAGAAAAACAGCUUCAAAAAUUGAAGGAACAGAGAGAGAAAGCUGAACGAGGAGUGUUUAAAAUAGGUCUUUAUAGACCUGAUAAACCUAAUUUUCUUUUGUCAGUUUCACAACCAAAUGCUAUGAAAGAGGAACCCAAAACGGUUAUUUCUUCUUUUGUACGGAUUACAAGAUCAAAGACCAAAGAACAAAUGGAGCAGAAUAAGUUGUUAAAAUCAGCAAGUAAUGAACCAGAAAAAAAGUCACCAAAUAAAGGAAAACCUGGCAAAAAGACAGAAGCAAAACCUGCCAAGGGCCUUUCUUUUAAAGUUGAUAAUGAAGAAAACACAUUGGGUUCACAAACCAGUGCAACAAAUGAAUUGAAUUCAGAUGGAACUUUAUCAAAAGAGGAACAUUUAAGCAAGGCAAAUAUUGCAAAAAUGAAAGGGAAGAAUUCCUUUGCACCUAAAAAUUUUCUGUUUCAGCCACUGGAUGGUCUGAAAACCUAUAAAGCAACAUCUAUGAUUCCCAGAAGAGCCAAUGCUUUGACAUCUGAUCACACCUGGAUUCCUUUAAAAGCAGAAGUUAUUUUCUUUACAGAACAUGUCUUAAAUAAGAUUGAAGCUACUACUGAAAAUUCAGAUGGUCACUCGAUAAAAGAAGUCCCAUCACAUAAGAUAAGUGAAGAUCUGCUAUCCCAGCCACAGCAUGAUGUGCCGUAUUUUAGAAAUAUUCUUCAGUCAGAAACUGAAAAAUUAACGUCAUGUUGCCUUGAAUGGGAUCAGAAACUUGAAUUGGACAUUCCAGAUCAUGCAAAAGGUCUUAUUCGGGUAACAGUUGGUCUAACAAGGCUUCUUAUAAAGAACAAGUUCAAACACUUUGAAAGACUGAUAAACGACUGUGAAUACAAACAAGGUGUAAAGGAGACCACUUGUACAGAUCUCGAUGGAUAUUGGGACUAUAUUAGUUUUCAGAUAGAUGAUGUAAAACAAAAACUCAACAGUCUGAACAAACUUGAAGAGUCUGGGUGGCAACAAAAUAAUAAUAAUAUAAGCAAAAAAGUUGUUCAGAAAAAAGUUGCAACUACGGCAAGUAAACCCAAACAGGAGGAUGAUGCAAGGAUGGCAGCUAGAAAUCGCCUCGCUGCCGUAAAAAAGGCGAUGAGAGAGAGGGCUAAGCAGGAGGGGUGUGCUGAGGCAGCAAUCUCCGUACUACCCCAUGAAGUUGAUAAAAUUGUGUUUGAUGCUGGGUUUUUCAGAAUUGAAAGUCCAGUUAAAUCAUUUUCAGAACUUUCUCUCGCUUCUGGACGACUUUCUCAAAAACUGAAAACACCUAAAUCAGUUGUCAAAGCUGUAUCUCAGAGCACAGCUAAGAUGGACCAUCGAAGGCAAAUAAUGCCAGCAGAGAAUCUUGAUCCUCUGAAUACUACAAGUGAACAUGUUGAGAAAACUUUACUUUCAGAUAUUCCUCAAAACAGGUAUUUCAUAAUAGAAGACACCCAGUGGCCCAGAUUACCGGAUUUAAUUGAAGUAAACCAUGAUGCAGAUAAGAUAAACUUUGACAUGGAUUGUUUAUCCGAUGAAAAGAUGAAUUUACCUCUACUUGUUGAUGAAGGGGCAGAUAAUAUUAAUUCUAAAAAAAUGGAAGACACUUCAAAGGCUGUAGAUGGAAUGGAACAGAAUUUUUCCUUUAUAGUACAAGAUGUUUUGAUGUGUAGCCCUGAAAAACUUACAUCAUCACAAAGUAACAUCUCACAGGAAGAAGAAACUAAAAUUUCUUUAUGUCAAUCAGAAAGUCUCCCUACCGAAUACCAUCUUCUCGAUUCACCACGCUUAAAUUGCAGUAACUCAUUUACUCAAACGGGGAGAAGACAUCAAGAACCUGCCAGAUAUAUUUCCUUUGGUGGUAAUCUGAUUACAUUUUCACCUCUAAGACCCCUCAAUGGAGAACAAUCAGAAGAAUUUUGA